AUGUUUGGGUUUUUCAAAGGUUCCAACAACAAACCAAGUACUCCUAAAAAACAAACACCUCCUACUGCUGAAUACGAACCUCCCUUUUCAAAGAAAGACAAUGAUACAUCGGGAGGACAAGGAGCAUCAACAGCGUCUCACCUCACUAACAACAACAGUAACGGCAGUAACGCAAUAGAACAAAAUGAUGAUUCAUUAUUUGGAGGAAUGAGCGUUCACACUCAUUCGUACGGAAAUACAUCAACAUAUUCUACUACUUCAAGCGACUCAAAGAAGUCGUCAACAAGCGUCGGAAGUUCUUCUCAAUCCCAUGAAACCUCUAAAUUUUCCUUUAUUAAUAACGACGAUACAACAGAGGAAUCAAACCAUGUUUCUUCCUCUGCAACAACACCAAUUGCAGACGAAGACGAUUACAGUCAAACUCCAACCCAAAUCAAAAUUAAUACAGCCAACAAACAAAAGCCAUCCCGAAGAAGAAAAGAACCCUCAAACAAUAUUGCAAAAAACAAUCCAUCUAAAAAGGUUGAUGACGAUAUAAAGGAAUUGGAGGAUUCUAGAAAGGAGGCGGAAUAUAAUCACUCAAAGAAGCCAGUUGAAAAGCUUACACCUUCUGUGACUGCCACACCUGUUCCUGCUUCUCGAGAAACCGUCACAAACAACAGUGUAAGCAGUGAUAAUGAUGAUUCAACUAUUUCUACAUUUUUAUCAAAGAAUCCAUCACCAAUUAGCACAACAAAUGGCAAUUCUUCGGUCGCCACUCCAAUCACCAAUACUGGAUCAGAUGAUUUGGAUUUUACCACUGUACAAGUGAAGCCCCGUAGCAGGAAUUUAGAUCGAACAAACUCAACAGAUAUUUAUUCUCCCUCUCUCAAUGGAUCUAGCAGUCCUUCGGUUAGUAAGAGCUCAUCGACACCUCUCGAAGAGCCACCGAUCAAGAGCAACAGAGAUCAGCAAUCAAAUUCUCCUUCUGUAAAAAUUCAAGAAAAUAUUAGAGAGGAUGAUGAAAAAGAUGUGAUUGACGGAGAUUGGUUAAAUAUCAAAUCAACAGUUAAUUCUUCACUAACCAAAUUCAGUAGCAAAAUAUCAUCAAUUUUUGAAGAAGAACGUAAGAAGGUUCAAGAAAAAAGGGAAAAUCAAUUUUCAAUUUUACAGGAAAGAAUACAAUCGUUGGAGCAGGAAUUAGACAAACUUACAGAGAUGGAAGAUUUCGAGGCUGCGGAUAAAAUUGAACAAGAACUAAAAGUUUUGAGAAACAAAGUUGAGGAUAUUCAGGUCAAAGAAAAGAACAAUGAUGGUUAUAUUGGAAAUAUUGGUAAAAUACUUGGAGAUAUGAAGAAGGAAAUUUCCAUAGUGUACUCUCGUGUUGAUUUCUCGUUUUCGACAUCCAAAAAGGACUAUGAUGACUUUGUAAAGAAGAAUAACCCUCUUCGAGAUUUACGUCGUGAACGUCUGGAAUCAGAGACAAAUCGUAUCAAAAGAAUGGGAGAAAGUAUUAAUUUGGAGGAGAAAGAAUUCCAAAAGAGGAAGAGUAGAAUCACAGAACAAAUUGAAUCCUCCACACGAGAUAUGAGAAUUCAACAGGAUGCGCUCACUGAACAAAACAAUGUUAUUUCCAAAGAAAUUGAAGAAUUGGAAAGAAAAUUGAGAGAAAAACGAUCUCAACAAAAAUCAAUUUUAGCACAGCUUGAUGAUGUCACAGACAAAAUUAAGAAGUAUGAGGAGGAGUUUAAUGAUCAACUUAAGCUCAUAGCUAAUGAUGAGCACCAAUUCCAAAAGAGAAAACAAAACUAUUUAGAGGACGUAGAAGCUUUCGAAAAACUUUCUGAGAAUCUCAACAAGGAUUUGGCUUUAAUUGAGUCUAAGGAGACUAAAAAGUAUCAGAGAAUGAUGGAUAAGCGGCAGUAUAAAGACUAUUUACAAACACAACAAGUUAGAAUUGGUCAAAUUAUUGAGAUUAUUGAGGGCAUUGAAACGUUGGAAGAUUUUUCGUCAUCAAAUGACGAUAGAUCUCAACUCAUUAAGGAGUUAGGCGCACUCACCCAACAAAUAUCUACACUUAAAUCUAAUCUUGCUUCAAUAACUCUAGAAUUGGACAACUCAACUCAACAAUUGCAAAGAGCCAACGACAGACUUCCAAAAAUUCAAGCUGAUAAAUUGGAAUAUGCAAAGAAUCGUAAAUUUAAAGAGGCAGCCCAAUGUAAAGAAGAGAGUGAUAAACUCACCAAGUUAAUACAAGAACUUGAAACAAAUAUUCCAAACCUCAAAAAGGAACAGCAGCAAGUAGAAGAAGAAAGAGACUUACUGGUUCAAAAAUUAGAAACAUCUCAUAAGAGGCUUGAACAAUUUGACACUAUUGACUCUAAACGAGUGAUAAGAGCAUGUUUGAAGAGGAUUAACUUUUUACAAAGCAACAAGUCCAAGUUAUUGGAUGUAGAAACUCCAGAUCAACUUCAAUUAAGGUUUGAUGUGAUUGAUGAAUUGCUUUUGUUUUUCAAUUAUCAAGUCGAGCAAUUACGGGCAAUUACUGGACUUUCAGACAGUGAAUUCGAACAGAUUCAACAAUUAGCUUUGAAUCCUGCUCUCGAAGCUGCAGAGGAGGAGAGACUAGCUAUAGCUGUUCAGGACAUUGCCAGUGGUUUGACUGACGAGGAAAAGCUUGCAAAUGCAAGAGAAACUCUUCGCAUGUUGCAAGAAACUGAAAAUAAGUUAAAUGAUGACUUGAAUGCAGCUGCAGAAAAGGAAGAGUUUGACAUGUGUGAAGUGUUAGAUAAACAAAUAGAGGAAACACGAGAAAAGAUCACAGCUAUCAAUCUGGAAAUCAGCGUUCUUGAACAGAAAGUAGCACAAAUCGUGGCUCCAGAAACCACUUUAGAAACAAAUCAAGAACAACAACCCGUAGAAAUGGCAUCUACUGUACAGACAUCACAAGAAAACGAAGAACAAGGUUCCUCCUCUUUUGACUUUUUAAAUAAGGACGAGAGUAUUGUGAUUUUCGAAAAAGUGCGAAAAAAAAUCGAGUAA